AUGCCUAAAGAUUCAUCGAAUGCUGCCAUGCGCCGUUUAAGCGCAUCCGAGAACACUGCUCAGUGGUCGACAUCGAGCUUAUUGACGCUUGUCUCAUUAUGUAUCGUUUUAUUCGCAUCGUUUUUUGCAUUAAUCAUGAAAAUGCAACAGCCUGGAUGUACACGCACACCGUACAAUGCGUCACAACUUGGUGAAGUGAUCAAACUUUCGGAUGGCUCACGCGUAUAUGAAGUGGUUGUUGUAACCGAUCUAGACCAUGAUAGUAAGGACCCAACAAAAAAGAACGAUUGGCAUAGUUAUUUGAAGAAAGGUGUACUCACAAUAGAUAAAGAGCUCACGAAAGCUAGUGUCGUAUGGCAGGAUGGUCAAGAAGUAAUGUUACAUUCGUCGAUAGCUGCUGGUGGCAGGUCGAUGGAAUUAUCGGAUUUGACUGUGUUUCAUGGUAAUCUGCUAUCGAUUGAUGAUAGAACCGGUAUCGUUUAUAAAAUCAUCGGUGAUAAAGCAAUCCCUUGGGUAUUGUUGGUUGAUGGUGCUGGUAACGAAACAAAAGGAUUUAAAGGCGAAUGGUUAACGGUUAAAGAUGGGGAGUUAUGGGCUGGUGGUUUAGGUAAAGAGUGGACCACCACUGAAGGUGUUUUUGUUGGUAUCAACCCCAUGUGGGUUAAGCGUGUAACAGUUGAUGGUUGUGUGCAUCACAUCAAUUGGGAGCAACCUUAUAAACGACUCCGCGAAUCGGUGGGUAUUCAUUAUCCAGGCUAUAUGAUCCACGAAUCUGCACAGUGGUCCAAAGUUCAUCAUAAAUGGUUCUUUAUGCCAAGAAGAGCAAGUCAGCAAAAGUACACCGAAGCUGAGGAUGAAAACAGAGGUCAUUUAAUGAAAUACUUAAUGCAUUUAUUGGCUCAUUCUUCAUCGAGAAUUGCGUUGCAUCUCGUUUCUCAAUUUCUUGAGCGUGAUCGAAUUGCAGGAACGAAUUAUUUAUUGAUAGCAUCAGAAGAUUUCUCGAAUGUUGAAGCUCGACGAAUUGGUGAAGAGAAUGGACCGCGCGGUUUCUCAGCAUUUCAGUUCGUACCAGAAACAGAUGAUCGAAUUAUUGUUGCACUGAAAUCGGAAGAAAAAGAUGGCAUACCAUUUGGAAGUUAUAUAACAGUAUUCGAUGUGAAAUCAGGACACAUUCUAUUGGGUGAACAACCGUUGAAAGGGAGUUAUAAAUACGAAGGGAUCGCAUUCGUUUGA